GCUGGGAGCUGGACAGCUGCUGCUGAGGCUGAUCUUUGUUUGCCAUUACCUGAAGGCCAAGUAAGGGAAGGAUAGAAUUUCUGCUGCAAUUCUUACAAUAGAUAUCUUGAAUUAAACUUUUUAAGAAACUAUCUAUAGCCGAUACAUUAUUGCUGUAGGAUAUAAAUAUGCAAAUUUGAACCUCAUCUGCAGCCUUUAGUACCACUGCUUGAAGCGGCUUUCAAAUCGAAGCUAAGUGGAAUUUACCAAGCGCAUAUGUUGGACUUAAAGAUGAAAGAUAUGUGCAGGAUUUGUAGAAGGGAGCUUUGUGGAAAUCAACGCAGAUGGAUUUUUCAUACAACUGCUAAACAAAAUCUUCAAGUGAUAUUAUCUCAUAUUUUGGGUAAGGAGAUCUUACGUGAUGGCCAUGCUGAAUUUGUGUGCAGUAAGUGUGCAUUUAUGCUUGAACGUUUCUACCGUUUUGAUACGGUUAUAGCACGCAUUGAAGCUCUCUCAAUCGAACGCUUACAGAAGCUUCUUUCUGAAAAAAAUAGACUUAAACACUGCCUAGCUAGCCUUUACAGAAAAAAUAACAACGAAGAAGGUCAAGAAGCCAAGUCAGGAGAAGAAACUGUGGAGACUGCAAAUCCUGUAGAAGUUCAAUACUCAUAUUCAGCUCUUCUGCAGGAAGACUUUAUUUAUUCUGGAUAUGAAAGCUGGACUGAAUUGGAGGAACCUAGCCAAGAAAUUCAGUAUUGUUCCCACAAUGAGGGUACAGGAACUCUUCCAAGAAAAUGUCAUGGAUGUUCUUCUUUGAGAGUGGCUGAUGCUGACUAUGAAGCGGUUUGCAAAGUGCCAAGGAGGGUAGCUCAGAACAUCUCCUCUGGUCAGAUGUCCACAUGCAAAAGCACUUUAAAUGAGCUAGUAACCAUUCCUCAAACAUCAGAAAAUGAGGCUGCAAAUGAUAAUGUUGUAUCGGAUGGAGAUGGCUUGGAAAGAUUGUCUUCACAUUCUAUUGAAUCAAUUCCAGAUACCAAGGAUCCUGGGUCUAACAUACAAAAAGCUGAGGAAAAAGUAAAAUCAGCCACUGAGAAUCCAAAGUGUCAUUGCACGUCAUGCAACCUUUGUGUUAGCUCAUGUGGAUAUGUAAGAAAAUUAGAUCUUGCACUUACUCUUCUUAAAAUGUUUGACUACAAACCAGUUCAGAGUCCAAGAGGGAGUAAAAUACCUGUUAAAAGCUGUUCAGUCAUAAAAUUAAACAGUACCCUCAACAGUGCUCAAUCAAGAACCUCAAACACUGGUCUUGGUUUCCUGGACAGCAUCAUGGAAUCACCUCCAAAAACACCUGAAGACUCCAUUGCUGAAAAUUCUAAUCUUUAUGAAUUUUGGCACAAUGUCUAUGAAGAUUAUAUUCCAAUUUUCAUUCAGAGUUUGGCUGAAAAAAAGGGUCAUGAUGCAACUCAGUAUGAAACUUUGCUGUCACAAAAGGCCCAAAAUCUGCAUAAAUCAGGGAUGGAAGUUCAAGCACUUCAAGAAAAAUUGCAGGAGUCUAAGGAUAAUAUCAAGAAAUUACAGGAAUUUCAGCAUCAGCUGACAAGCAAUUUAAAUAAUGCUGAAGAACUAACACACAAUCAAGAAUGUCUGUUGCAAAGCCUAAGGGAUUCACUUCAGAGCAGAGACAAUGAGGUUAUGGAACUAUACCAAAUAAUAGAUGAGCACAAUUACACUAUUGCUAAACUACAGGAUAUGCUAUUGAAAAGUCAAAAUGAACAACUGCAGGAGUUACAUGGAGAAUUACAUAAACUCCAGAGAGAAUUGCAAGAGAAGAUUCAGCAUCUUAAAAACCUAGAAGAAGAAAAAUGUACUAAGCUACUUGCUCAGGAGCACAGCAUUGAGAGAUUAAAGCAAACUGUAUCAUUGAAAGAACAAAUACUGCAAGAAUACAUAGAUGUCUUGCAUUAUCAACCAAAUUUAGAAAGAGCCCAAGGAGAUAUUGAGCAUAUGAUACAAAAACUACAGCAGAGAAUCAAGGAGAGAGAUGCUGCCUUGGAGAAAGCAGUGGACGAUAAAUUCUGUGCUCUAGAAGAGAAAGAAAAGGAUAUUCAGCGGUUAAAGAUGAUUAUCCGGGAGAGAGAACACGAUUUAGAGAGGCUGAGUAAUGUUCUUUCCGGCAAUGAGGAGACGAUAAACAGUUUGGACAGCCUGGUGAAGGCCAAAGACAUGGAACUGGACCACAUAUCUGCUGCUUACAAAAAUCUUCAGUGGUUAAAACAAGAAACAGAGGAAAAGUACAGAUGCUCACUGAUAGAGAGAGAAUCCAUUAUACUACAGCUGCAGAAAAAUCUUCAAGAAAGGAACAAGGAAAUGGAGGAGAUUGGGACUCAUUUUCUUGGGAAGUUUGACAUCUGCAGUGGACAUAUGAUCGAAGAGCUUAAAAUGUCUCUUCAGCGGAAAGAGAAGAUGUUGCAAGAUGCUGUCUUUGCAAGAAACCAACAGGCUGAAGAGCACAUGAAAGAGGUCAUGGAUCUCCUAGCAAUGGUCUCAUCAGAAAAGAUGGAUCAAACGUCAUGCUGCCAAAACUGCUUACUGAAAGAACAUAAUACAGGUGUCAAUCAGUAUGUUGGAAAUUUGUCUAACUUCAUUCAUCUCCAAAAACUUGUGCAAGAAAAAGAGAAAAUAAUUCAGACAUUGACGCAAAGUUGCUCAGUUCAGCCAAUGGGAAUCAGCAUGAAAUCUGAAGAUUUGGACGCUAAAGGUGAAGAACCUGAAAAAAAUAAAACCUUGAAAAGUGAUCUUGCUAAAGCCAAAGAAGAUCUGAGACUUGUUUUGAGGAAAAUGAGGGAAUAUCAGCUUGAAGUUUCUGUUCUGCAGUCUAUUAUUAUGAAACAGAAUGAGCAGUUGCGUGAACAAGCUACAGAUAUCGAUACUCUCACUAGAAAAAAUCUGAUGAAAGAAGAAUUAAUUAAGGAUCUGCAAGUCAAGCUGGCGGACCCAGAAGAGAUACCAACUGUGGAACUUUUAACCCAGCAGAUUUUCACUUUAAAGGAGAAUAUAGCAACACUGAAUUUGGCAAGCCAUGGUCAUUUAACACAUACUCAGAAGAUAUUUAAGUUUUUUGAAGAACUUGCCGUGAAUAAAAGCAGACUGAAUGAGGCACUGCAAGCUGAAAAACAGCUUUAUAGUUGUUUAGUACAGUUUCAUACAGAAACUGACAGUUUCAGUUCCAGUUCAGCACUUCACAAUGAGCUGUUAGCUGUACUGACUCUUAGGGCUCAACUAGAAGACACUCUGAUGAGGACAAUGGAGCAACUAGUCACACUUCAGUCCGAGAGCGAGGUUCAAGCUUGUUUUGGAGUAUAAAUGCUUGAGGUUUCCGGUCCAACUUCAGGGAGUUUCUUCGUGUCGAUCGGACUUCGUCUCACGGAGAUCUGAGUGCGGACAGAAGGUCUUUUGAUUCCGGUUACAGUUCACUCCGGAUUUUCUUCAUGCUUUACAGCUACAGGACAAGGAGUUCGUUCGGUGGUUCGUGGUUUAAGAGACAUUGACUUUAGUUUGUCCAGUUUUUCUGAUGUCGCAUGCGAAAGAGGAGGAGG